GGCUUUUUAAAGAAAUGACGAACGAAAAGCAGUUGUCAUUCAGCCUGUUUGAAACUGGCGGGUUGGACCAUUGACUGUACACAUUUCGCCUCUUUCUACGUGGACCUUGUGCUGUCAGGGGUGUUGAAAUCGGCAACACUGGCCACAAACACAGCGACGGUGACACUGGCAACAGGAACUGUACUAUACGUAGUAAAUAUUCGCUCUGGCAACCAUCAACAAUGGAGUUGCUUGGUUUGAUAGAUAUCCCGCUCACAUGGAUGCUCGUCGCAGGCUGUUUGCUGCUGAUCUACUUGUACGGCAAGAAACGGAACCGUUUCCUCAGUGACUAUGGUAUCCCCGGCCCAACUCCAGACAUAUAUUUAGGAAAUCUUCGUCAAGUUGUGAAAAUGGGCGUUGACCUCGACAAUAAAUGGGGACAGGAAUUCGGCGACGUGUACAGUGUCUACUUAGGCGGUUUCCCCCUUAUCAACGUGCACGACCCUGAAAUCAUCAAAGAAAUAUUUAUAAGAGACUUCAAUAAUUUUUCAGAUAGAUUAAUUUUUGACCUCAAUGACUUCCCUCUGAGCACCGGCAUCUUCUUUGAGACAGGAGCAACAUGGAAGAGGCUAAGGAAUAUUAUCAGUCCGACAUUCAGCGGAAACAAGCUCAGAAGUAUGUGUGCCAAGAUCGACGAGUGCGCCGUGACUCUAACAAAGAAUCUCGCACACGCUGCUGAGAACGAAGAAAUCAUCACCACGAAAGAUUAUUUUGGUGCCUUCACUAUGGAUGUGAUUGCCAGCACAGCUUUCGGCAUUGACAUCGACUCCCAAAACAACUUCCACAACGUCUUCAUCACCCAGGCCAAGAAGGUCUUUGACAACAACGUGCUCCAGAGCCCGGUCAUGUCUCUCAUAAUUCUUUUCCCAAGUCUACAAAGGGUCGCCAAGGCUCUAGGUUUCAGCUCGUUUCCAAAGUCAACCAGGAAAUUUUUUGUGUCCUCUCUUAAAGAAAUGAUAACAAUGAGAAAAAGCGAACCAAAGGAAGAGCAAAAGAGAAGAAUAGACUUUCUUCAGUUGAUGCUGGAUGCUGGGGAUAACUUGAGCCAUCAAGAUAGCGAGGAUGACAAGAGCCAAUCACAACCUCCAGGUUCCCAAAAUGGCAACAAAGCAAUGACGACCGACGAGGUGCUGGGGCAGGCGUUCUUGUUCUUUAUCGCCGGAUACGAAACUACGGCCAGCACCUUGAACUUCGCUGCAUAUUCACUGGCAACUAACCCGGAUGUUCAAGAAAGGUUGACAAAGGAGGUGGACACUGUAUUAGGAAAGGAACCGGCAGACUACGACAACAUUGGCCAGUUGACGUAUAUGGACCACGUGAUUUCAGAGACGCUUAGGCUGUACCCAGUUGUACCCGGGUUAAACCGUGCUGUCUCCAAGACAACUGUCAUCAAAGGUUGGACAUUCCCCAAGGGCAGCUUCAUCAACAUCCCCCUUGUGUCCCUUCAGAGAAAUGCGGAUAUAUUCCCAGAGCCUAACAAAUUCAAUCCAGAUAGAUGGGAGAAUGCAGAUCUACAUCAAAUGGGUUAUCUCCCCUUCGGCCAAGGCCCCCGGAUGUGUAUCGGAAUGAGGCUUGCCCAAGUUGAGAUGAAGAUUGGUCUGGCUCGCAUCCUGCAGAAGGUCCAGUUUGACAGACUUCCAGACACACCGGAUGAGUUGAGGAACUUCACCGCGUUGGGAACCCUCAGCAACAAGUGUCCAAUAAACCUGAAAGUCGUGCUCCGAUAAGCUCCCUGGCUCCAGACCCCAGGCUCCGUACCUAAGAGGAAUCGAUGCAUUGAAACUGGAUGUAUUUCUGUCACCCGUUCACGUAACAACCACAAGACUAAACACAUCUGGUGGCACUCAUGACCUUUAUAAUAAUGUUGAUCGAUAUCAUAUUGUAUUCCAAUUUUCUAUAAAUCAUAAGAAAGGCUUGUCUAAACACCUGCCGUCACUGCAUGCGGAGGGAUGAGUCGGUGCACGGCUUACAGUGACAUGAAUGUCACUACAUCACUGGUAAAGUUAUGGGAUAAUCUGAGUGGACCCGGACCAAGCGAGGAUGGCAAACUCAGGGAUGACAUGUAUAGCGUCUUAGAUUAUUGCUUAAUUCCCACUUUCUUUUCCCACUUUGUGUUUGUUGUAUGUAAUACCUGUACUAAUCACUUGACAUUGUAUAUACAUAUUAUGUUGAAGGCACAGAGUAUGUUGUCCAAAUCCAGAUGUACAUAGUCUGGAGUUCAUUCAGUGUAUGUAGUCUAUGUAUACUAACGGAAUAAAAGUAACUGUGCUUCAUAUAAA